CGUCAGCUGAGGGACGGCAGGUUUUGCUGCUCUCCCUGUCAUUGCAAGAAGUCAAGAAGAUUUGUGGUUCAAGAAGAAAGAAGAUGUACAAGUGCAAACUUCUCGAAGGAGGAAUUACGAACGCUGAAGGCCCGCUGAACGAACAAAAUGGAAUGGGAAUGGAAGCUGAAAGGAAAAAUGCAGCGCGAGAGACACGAUGCACGCGGUGCAUUUCCCACGACGUCUCUUCCACGGGAAGUGCUUCACAUUGAGAUGGGCAGUAAUGGCGUUCAUCGUUAUGGGCAAUCUCGUCGUACUGGUCUCGUUAACCGCAAGCAUGAUUGUCACUUCUGUAUUGGUGUACAUUCGACAAUGAUUAGUUUAAUCGUUAUUGUGUGUACAAGUCUCUCAAGACUUCAAAAAAUUGUAGACUCUCAUUGUCAUUUCUAUUCAUCUCAACAGCGUUGUUGCAAAUUCUCAAAGGUCUUUUGUUAGGAUCAUAGCCGAAGGCGCUGAGCCGUCUAGGUCGGUUAUUAGUUGAUCACUUGUGUGAGAAUAAUCC